GCUGACAAGAUGUGGAGCAGUAAAUCAAAUGAGGCGUCCUUACUAAACCCAGGACAGACGCCAAGUCGGGAAGUGAGGCAAGAUUUGGCCUCAGCAUGGGAUACUGUUACCAAGACCAAAGCUGCUCUGCGACACAUAGAGAACAGGCUGGAGGCUGUGCCCACGAGCACCGCAGUGUUAGACUCGGUGAUGGAUACAAAGAAGACUUCGAGCAGUGCAGCCAGAAAAGUGAGCCGGAAAGAUGGAAGGUACCUGGAGGAUUCUGCAGGCUCUGUUCCAGCAGUGAAGUCUGGCAGCAGAAGCAAGUCCCGGAGAGAGAAAUCCUCCCGGAGCCCCCUGCGAGCGACCACUCUGGAAAGCAACAUAAAGAAGAGCAGUCGAGUAGAAUUCCGCGAUCCUUUAACUUCCUACAGAGAUUUGGAUACAAGAGUCCCACCCUAUUUGACUGCUAGUCAGCUAGAAGCUCAGCGUCUCCUCAUUGAUCUAAAUUCUAAUGAAGUGCAUGGAAAGGAGGAGGAAAGCAGCCGCAUCAUGUAUGAAAGAGACAAACGGAAUUUCCACUGUCUGGAUGACGACAGCACUCGUUCGUCUGCAGUGGACGAUACAGUUGUGAAAUAUCUCAAUGACCAUUCAGCACUCGAUGCCCUGCACAAUUCAGAAACACUUUACAAAGCUGUGAACCGAGGCACACUGGGACAGAAGGAUGCAGACCUGGGGGCCAGAGGUUCCUGUGCUAAUCCAGGUUACGAGUCUGACUCUAAGAACGAUCGACCUUCAGAACCAUCCCAGUUGUCUUCACCGAGCUCCACAUCCGAGUCAGUGAUGCAGAAACUGGAGAUCAUGCGCAAGAAACAACAUGAUGACAAGCUUGAGAAGCUGAAGGAGAGGAUCAGGAAACAACGGGAACAGUCCGAGGAGUCUGCUGAGAGGGAGCGACUACUGAACUUCUCUGAACAGACGGUUGGGUUCAGCGUAGACACGGCAACUCCUACUACCAAAGUAAGAAAGGUCACCGCAGCACCCCCUGCUCCGACGUACAAAGGUUUCAAUCCCAUGGAGACGAAGAUCCGAACUCCAGAUGGAAAAGUAUGGCGUGAAGAUGAAUUCCGCAGCAUCACCAGAGACCUAUACCGGGAUUUCCCACUUCAGUUAGGAGAAAGCAGCAAGAUGAAGGACACUGCAUCUGACAAAACCAAAGAGAAGAAAACCACAAAACCUGUGCGUAAAGUGCAGAAGAUCACGCGAUCGCUCAGCCCUGACGUUAAACCAAGUGCCCACAUUAUCAAUCCUGCUUCCUGGCGUGAAGGGCAGAAGCUGGUGAAGAUGGUUCUGGGACCUACCCCCAAGGUUGUGAAGGACAGUGAGGGAGUCUCCAAUGAAAGGUCUGGUAGGGAUAGGAACGCCAGAGCAGGACAUAAUACACGAGCAGAGUCUGAUACCAGACUUGAAGCUGCAGGAACAUCAAGGCCCCGUAGUUCAGAGCGACCAAGACCCAGGCAGCAGCCGGAGGUAGAUCAUAAAAAGGGAGAGGAGCCGAGUGCUAUGGACACCGUGAACACGCAUGUGCUUCCCGCGGAGGUUCGGGGCAUUCUUGACGACCUUCAGCUCGAAGCACCAAACCAUGAUCGGGAGGUGACGGGCAGGGUGGAGGGUGUGCAGAAUUCCUCAGUAUCUCGGCCCACUUCCAGAAGCGCGAGCCCUGCUAAACGCAAGCAGGACAAAGGGAAUCCGAGCACGGAGACACAGCUAAAGCGACUACGGCAUUACGACUCUGAGGAGGUGCGGCAAUACAUCGUGCGGCAGCAGGUGGAGCGUAAGAAGAAACAAAGCGAGGAGAAGAAAGCCCAGAAAGAGGCCAUGGAGCAGAGGAACAAGCGGCUGCAGGAGCUGUACAGGAAACAGAAAGAAGCUUUCAUGAGGCCUCGCACAGAGCCGAUGUGCCAGAAGCGAUUACAGGAGACUUUUUCUAAAUUUGUGUCUGAGCAGGCGAAGCUGGAUGAGCUGGCUCACCAUCAGCCAGCCCUCGAGGACAAACAGCCAAGAUCAAUCUACCAGCCUUCAGGAGAGUCGGACAAGGAGAACAAAGGUCAGGAGCGUCCUCUUAGUGCCUCGUCCAGCAGUGACAUGUCUCUCUCAGAGCCUCCGCAGCCUCUAGGCAGGGUUGAUGUGUUGGAAUCUUCCUGGAUGCCGGCUGAUCGACUCAGCCCUGCUGCGCUCUCGGCCCAUCCUCACACCGGAGGCAACUUUUUCUCACACCUGUUAAAGCUGGAGUGCCGAGGCUUGCUGCAGAGGGAAUGUGAAUCUCCAGCGAGAAGGAAGGAGAUGUCUUCUAAAGGGAAGCACCCUUCCCUGCAAUUCCCAACCUCUACCGUGCUAUCUGACUAUGCAACUGGUUCACAAAAAACCACCGGCCAGUACAAAAGUAAGCUGGAUCGCAUCGAAGCAUUGAAAGCGACUGCAGCCUCCCUCGCCAACCGCCUGGAAAGUGAAGCCAAAAAGCUGGCUGGUGUGGCCAUCAACUACGGAGCCCCUCACACCUCUGAACACGAUGUGCUUCAGCCAGCGCGAGAGGACGAGCGCUGGGCUAAACCCGUCAGCCCUCCUGUCCGUGACGAGGGUGAGAAUGAGUUUUCAGCCACAAUGCGGAGAAUCCUGGGGGCAAACGUUGGCCACACGAUAUAUGACGAUAGACUGCCCGGGGUCGGCAAUCUUUAUGAGUAUAAAAAGCCUCUCGAGCAGCCCAGGCCCCAAAGUGCCGGAGUAGAGGGUGAACCCAGGACUUUGGGAAUGGACAGACGUCAGGGAGUGAGCUGGGAGCACACGUAUAAACGGUCACUCGAGGCAGUGGAACAAAACAUACAAAAGCUGAGCAGAGAGAGAAGACACCUCAAUGACUCCCAUAACUCCAGUGCGGGCUCCAUCAGCGAAGGCCCCAUACCGAGUGAAGCAAGCCUCUCGGAAGACGAAAGCGCGUACACCAGCAGGGACCCAGUCAAGUUAGCGGAGCGGCUGAGGGAAAGGGAAUUCUGCGCAGGGGAAGUGUUUCCUUCACGACCAAUAGGAGAGUUCCAAAAAGAAGCAGAGAAAUACCAGCCCUUCCAGCUGCAGUCAGAGGCCCGCAAGAGCAGGGCGCCCUGGGAAGAGCUGGCCAAGGGAAGUCCUCACAGUGUCAUCAACAUCUUCACAAAGAAUUAUCAGAUCUACGGAAAAGGAGGAUUGCAGGAAGGGUCUGACAGAAGCUCACCUAUACUGCGACCCCAGGGGCAAGCUGCAAGCCCAGAGGAACAGGCUACAUACGAGGAUGACUUUCACUCCUCACAAGGCAGCACAAGUGUUGGCAAAAAACUCCCGUCACACCAAAGCAGUGCAAGCAGCCCCAGCAGCAUUCAAGAGGAACUCCUCAGCAGGAAAUCUUGCGAUGUCAGGCUUGGAGAACUAUCCCCACGCUCUUCAGGACAGCGUUCCACAUCCUCCUCCCGAUCCUCUGCAUCCUCGAAAAGGAGACUGAAACUAGAUGUUGGUGAAGAAGCUGUGAGUGUCAGAUAUUCUCCUGUGGAUGAGAGCAGCAGGACACCUGCUCACCUUUCAGACAAAUGCUCCCAAGACGGAAAAAGAUCUUGUUUAGGACAAGGCUUAGAUGUGGACCUGGAAGAAAUCCAGGACAAAGAGAGGGCUCUGGACGAUGCCUCCUUUCACUCCAUGUUGAGGGAAUUGGGAUGGAACUGGCCAGACUUGUUCUACCCUGUCAGGGGAAAUGAUCGAGGUGCCAUGCGCUGCUCCCCAGGAUCGCUGCAGCAACGUAUAACGGCGGAACUCACUUACCUAGACGCCAUAGAAGAAUCUGUUCGACAGCUCACCGAUAUAGAGAAAACCCGGGGGAUUGCACUGGCUCAACAGGAGAGUGUAUCGUUAGCUCAGAUCCUCAAGGCUCAGCAACAGAGACACAAGCACGAACUCGCUGUGUUAAAGCUGAACGCUGAACAGGAACUUCUGGCAACUCAGAGACAUCUGGAGGAGAGCAGGCAUAAAGCUGCACAGGCACAUGUGGAAAGUCUGCAGCAUUUUGCCCAGACGCGGCAGGAGAUGCUGCACGAGUCCACGAAUAAGAUGAUGACUCAACAGACAGAAGCUGUCAGACUGACUGCAGAUGCUGCUCAUCAGAUCAAAGAGAUGACAGAGUUAGCUUGUGCACAGAUGGGAGCGGGAGCGGGCGCUAUGGCCACCGCUUCCUUGCGUGUAGCUGCUGCUGCGCCUGUGACCGCACUGUUGGACCAGCAGAGACUCCAGAACUCCGAGUUCAUGAAGCAGCUGCGAGCCAGGACUGAACCUGACAGAAGGAAUGACAGUAGCCCACCGUUUGGGGACAAAUUACUGGAAUCUAAAGUCCAGUACUCCGCUUCCAUUGACAGCCUGUCCGAGUCAUCCAGAUCCAAACAUCACAAUCGCAGCAGUGGCAGCAGCAGGCAAGACAGCCCCUCUUUACCCUCAGAUAGAGGGUCAGAGAGGAGGGCUUCCCGUCAGGAGGAGAAGGGAGAUAGUUCUGUUGAAGAGGAGGUGCACACAGCAGCUGAUGACUCAAUCCAGAGUGGCAGUGUGCCCUCAGUACCUGAUGACAAAGACUCCGUUUCUGUUGCUACUGAGUAUUCACUGAAGUUUGACGAGUCGAUGACUGAAGAUGAGAUUGAGGAGAAGUCGUUCCGCUCCCUGCUCCCAUCCGAGAGUCAUCGACGGUUUAACAUGGAGAGGAAGCGUAGCCGGCAGGUUGAUUCAGACGAGGACGCCACUCGAGACAAGUCAACCUUAACAGCUGUCAAACAUGAGCUGAGUAUGCCCUUCUCUGGGGGACAGGACAGUUUCUCCAAGUUCACCAUGGAGAUGGUCAGACAGUACAUGAAAGAGGAGGAGAUGCGUGCUCAACACCAGGUCUCGCUCCUCAAGCUGAGAGAAAAAGCCCUGAAGGAGAAGACCAAAGCAGAGCUGGCUUGGCUGGAACACCAGAGAAAGAGACUGCGAGACAAGGGAGAAGAUGACAAGAUGCCACCCAUUCGCAAGAGGCAACGGGGGCUGUUGCUCCGGCUGCAACAAGAACAGGCUGAAAUCAAACGGCUGCAGGAAGCCAACAAAGCAGCUCGCAAGGAGAGGCAGCUGAUCCUGAAACAGCAGGAGGAGAUCCAGCGGAUGCGCCAAACCACCAUCAAAUUACAGGAGAAACUCAAGUCAGCUGGAGAGGGCAAGUUGGAAUUGCGGAGCACAGAGCCGAUGGAGGAGGACAGCAUUUCCAAGCGCAGUCCCACUUCCAGCCCCUUCCAGACGGAUAUGGAGAGCCGAAGCCCCUCCCCGGUGUCUGCCUCUGGCAGCGAGACGAGCAGCAUCAUGCAAAAGCUGAAGAAGAUGCGCAGCCACAUGGAUGAGAAACACUGCUCUCCUGUCCACUGCUUCUUCUCUGUCUUUACGUCUCACCACUGGGCCUCUCUCAGUGUCUGUUUCCCAAACCUUCACCCCAAAUUCCAGCUGUACAUCUACAACCAGCUGGUCAGGUUCCUCACUAAGCGGGAGCAGAAGCUUAUGCACCGGCGCCGCCAUGCUGAGGAGCUGUUGGAGUGGAAACAUCGGCUGGAUGCAGAGGAAGCUGAGAUCCGCAGGAUGGAAAAGCAGGCGCUGGCUGCCUGGGACAAGGAGCUCCUCAGGCAAAAAACUGCAAAGAGAGAGUCCAGUGAAAGAAGCCCAGGGUCAAAAGACACAGCAAGUGAGGAGGAGUGCCCAGCACCGUCAAGCUCCCACUUCAACAGCGAUAGUUCCAUUCCAGAGGAGGUUACCAGUCCCCCUGCACAGAGUGUGGAGUCAGCGUCUGUCACCCAGAGGAAGCCCUCCAACCACGAGAGGAGUGUUUUUAUAUCAGAAGCCUAUUCCCAGGAGUUUGAAUCUGUGAUUACACCAAGCACGCAGUCUCCUCCCUUGAAAGUGAGUGUCACUGAUUCAAAGCAAGAUGGCCAAAAAAGCAGCUCCAGUCUCAGUGUGGAGAUCAGCCCCCCAGGAAAGGCACGGAAACCAUUUGGUAGCUGGUCUGAUGAGUCUGUUUCUAUGACAUAUUCAGAAACCGCUUCAGACCAGAGUGACAUUGAGAGCAGGAUCCGUGCACUGAAGGCCGAGCUCAAGAAACGAAAGUCCAUUGUAGAUCAACUCAAGAAAGAACAGAGGAAGAGACAGAAGGAGAGACUGAAAGCACAGGAGGCCAGCCUCCUCAAACAGCUGGAGUCCUAUGACGAAUUCAUCAAGAAGACGCAAGCUGAGCUAAGCAAAGACCUAGAUCUAUCUACCUCAACAAAACCACAGAUCAAAACUCCAUCCAGUUCUGCUGAGAAGCUCAAGAUUAAACCACACUCUCUGCAAAGGAGUGAAUCAGCCAAGAGCUGGAAAUCCCUGACUGAAUCUGAAAAAUCCAGAGCUUCAGUGGGGUCCGCUACUGAGCAGGAAUCUAGAUCGUCGAGUGUGUCAAGCCAAAGAUCCAAUCUGCACCUGAGUGAGCUGAGAUCAGUGAGUCUGAGCAAAUCAGGAGUCUCUGACAUCCGGACAGUUGAGUCUUCUCAAAGGCCUUCACCAGUCUCGAAGUCUAUGAGAUCUGGCCUGGAGUUUGCUGAGGGUUUGGACAAUGUGUCCCUCUCUCUACUUCAGAUUGGAGCUACUGAGUGUGGGCGCCUGCCAGAUGUGUCAAGCAUCAGGCCAGAGGAUGGGUCUGGUGAUGAAAGUGUGGUGUCAAGUCACAGAUCCGGACAAGAAGAUAUUCAGGAGGAGCUUCAAACGAUAAAAUCGGAGGAAUCUGAGGCAGAUGAAUUUCAUGUUCUCUCCCAACAGUCUAAUAAAUCUGAACCCUUACUCAAGCUAGUUGAUGUAAGUCCUGAUCCUUUUCACACGCCUGAGUUACCUGAGACAUUGACUCAGCGAAGCCCGGUGUCUCCCGAGGACAAGGCACAGUCACGAACAGUUGAACAUGUUGAGCAGAAUGUUGGGGACUUGCAGGAAGGGGAUUACAGUCUGGGCAAGGAAGGCUCUGGUGACGAGGAGGAUGGAGCAAGUGACCAGUCUGUUAGCUCAGUGAAGAGCGUCAAAUCUAGCAAGUCUGAUGUCUCUGCCAAAUCUGUAAAGUCUGACCGUAGCGCAGUGAAUAAAGGAACGCACAGAAAUGAUCCCCAUCCUCAAGAAGUUUCAGCUCUCUCCACCAGAAAGGAGCCGACUUAUUCCGAAGACUUUGAGUCAACACCCAGAAAGGAAGCAUCUGAAGAACAUACCAAUACCUGUGUUGGAAGUUCCAACUCUGAAUCGCUGGCGGCCUUUUCAUCCCGGAAAGAAAUGGGUGAACAUUCCGUUGAGCCACCUGUGCUGUUCUUCCAUGAUCAACCAAAGCAGGAAGAAACGAGUGAAAAGGAAGGACGUUGCCAGAGUGUUUCAUCAAGUAUUGACUCCGAUGCAGAAAUCAGCGAGCAUCUGAGUGAAAAAUCCUUCUCCAGCAGCAGCCAUUCCGAAAGACUGUGGGAGUUGAGGUCUCCAACGGAGAGGAGCAAAAAUGAAGAGCGUAGUGACGUAGGCACUGAAGACUGUGUACCUGUGCUAUCACCCUCUCCAGAGCACACCUCAACGCCAAUGCCAUUUGAAACAGAUGAGCUGCCAACGUUCCAGAUUGGAGAUAGAGUUUUGGUUAGUAGCGUUCAACCAGGAACAUUGCAUUUCAAGGGCCAAACUAGAUUUGCAAAUGGCUUUUGGGCUGGGGUGGAGCUGGACAAGCCUGAAGGCAGUAAUAACGGCAUGUACGAUGGCGUAGUGUACUUUACAUGCAAAGAUAAACAUGGCAUCUUUGCACCUCCACAUAAGAUUUCCCAUCUUCCAGAGGGCUAUGAGGAGCUGAUCGAUACGACUGAAGAUGAUGAAGAAUCCUUGUUUGAGAGUAAAUUAAAUCAAUAUCUUGAAGCAUUUAGUCAGGAAGAGGAAAAGCCAUAUCUUUCAAAGGAUGAGACUCAGCAGGGUGUAAAUGAACCCAAAGAUUCUCAAACCAGUGAAAUCCCAGCCAGUAAAGCAGGCUUAAAGCUGACUGCAUCUAGCAACGACAUACAACACACAUCUAUUCAGUUUUCUGACUCUAAUAUCAUUGAUUUGGGGCACAUUAUUAAUGAAUCUGCCAAAGCUGUGGAAUCCUUUGUUUGUGAUCAGAACUUGGAAGAGAUUUUGCCAGAAACUGCUCCAGAGGAUCAGUUAGAAAACCUGACCAAAGAGAACUUCAAACCACCUGAUGGAUCUGCAGAACCAGCUUCUGACUUGCUAACGACAGACACGGUUGAUAAUUUCCUCACUAAAGUGUCUAUCCUUUCUUCAAAUGAUGCAAUAAGGGAGAAAGAGGUUUCACCAGCUGGGCACGAAGUGUCUUCUACACCCCUCAUGGACUUGUUGACCCGGGAAAAGGAGCAGCUCGAGGCCCAGCUCAGAGCAUCACACUUGGGGCCUGCGUCUGAGGAAAUCUUUGAGGAAAGUGAGAAGGUUCAAGCAGAGGAGGAACCAGAGGGCAACGAGACCAAGGCCAAUUCGUUGGCUGACAAUCUGCUGUCGUUCUUUGUCAAGGAGACAGUCAAACAGUUGCAAGACAUCAAGAAGAGUCGCGAUGGGAAGAUCCACCUGACAAAUGAGAAGCUAGAUGUAGAAUUGGCCGAUGAAUCCACUCCAUGGGCUCCUGCCUUCCAUGUGGAGGUGCAGGAUGCUGCUGCGCUCCAGCUGCAGAGUCUUGUGGGAAUGGAUGACAGCGAUGAUGAUCGAGAAGAACCAUUAUCUCCAGACCUUUGUGCUAGACCUGGCAGCCCAGUGUUUGGCACAAGUGGGCAAGAGGAGCUGGCCAAGAGGCUUGCAGAGCUGGAAUGGAGCCGAGAGCUCCUGGAUGACCUGGGAGAUGAACAGGACUGGUUUGAUGAGGAUUUUGGGCUGAGCUCUCGCAAAGUGCAGCAGCCCGAGCCAAGCCAGCAGCCGCUGCAGCCAGCAGAGGUGCAGAAGACCGUACCUCAGAAAGUACGGGUGGAGCCAUACUUUGCUGUGCCUCAUAAUGCAGAGGAGGUUGAGAAGAUGGUCCAUGUGGCAGCUGAGGAACUGUGGAAGUGGCAGGAGCUGGGCCAGGAUCUGCAGGACAUGCAUAUACCAGGGGACUACUUUGUCAACUGUAAAGGGCAGGAUAUCGAGAGUGUCAGUAAACGAGUUUAUUAUGAGGCCAUGUUCAACUUGACGAGGGAGAUUUUUAGUGAGAUUUUUGCGGAAGACCCCAACGCCACCCAGCCUCCUUGGAUGAAGUCCAGCCGGAUGAGCUCAGCUUAUUUCAGACGAGUGAGGAACCUGCAGGAUAUGGAUGAAGUUAAGACCUUCAUUUCCAACGAGGUGCUGAAACUGUUUGGGUUCAGAAAAGAACAGAACAAUAAAACGGACUGGCAAAAGAUGAUGAAAUUUGGCAGAAAGAAGCGUGAUCGAGUGGAUCAUAUAUUGGUCCAGGAGCUUCACGAGGAGGAAGCGCAGUGGGUGAAUUACGAUGAAGAUGAACUCUGUGUUAAGAUGCAGUUAGCGGAUGGUAUUUUCGAGGCCCUUAUAAAAGACACAAUAGAUGUACUAAACCAGAUUCAGGAGAAACGAUCAAAGCUCGUAGCAUCCUAACACCGACCGUGUCAGCAGAUCACUGAUGGAGAAAAAGUCUGACUGGCCAUUCAUUCAAAAGGUUAACGAGGCGAGGAGGAGGCAAACUCGUCCUUAACCCCCUGCAGACUUGUCACUUUGCCUUGAGCCAGGUUUCAUUAAUCGGUCAUGGUCACCAGAUAGUCUGGGGUUUUGAACCCAUUCUAGACUUAGGUUGGCGGUUUCUUAGCCAGAUAUAGAUACCAGAAGCUCCGAUUUAUUUUCCUAUUUAUAUCCACCAUUUUGUGAUUUAUUUAUCUAAACAGUAGCAGAGACUUUCAUUCAGAGGCAUUCAAACAGACUUCUGUCAUUGCAUUAACAACUUCACUAUAGGCUUCCCCCAAUGUGGGUAAAGACACGGACCGACCGCUGGCUGUAGCCCUGCACAGAACAAGAGGUUGUAAAUUCGGUUUCUGGUCAUUUUGAGUUUGUGGAUCUAACCAACCUGGGGACCGUCGUUGGGGCUACAGUCCCUGGUGGAAGAAGAGCAAAUGGCAACCAGGAUUUCCGCUACUGAUCACUUGCCUUCAGUGAUCUCUGCUGGAAUUGUGGGUGUAUGUCUGGUGAGGAUAGGAUUGGGCUUUGCUGAAAUUGACCCCUCUCCCCUCCACCACCACCACACACACACACUUCAGUACGCGGAACGGAUGAGCACUGGCAAUGUAUUGGAAGGUGGUGGUUCCAUAAACGUGGAACUGUACUCCAGCUUAUAUCAGUUGCUUCA